AUGAACAAAAAAAUAAAUCAUGUUCGUUUUACCGAGCAAGAAGAGGAAAAAAAAUGUGAAAUAAAAUCUCGAAAAGAAGGGAAGCUUACAAGUGCGCAGCAUGGGCAAAAAAAACAAGCACCAGGAGGAAAUAAUGAUGUCAAGAAAUUAAAUUAUCGAAGUAAAGAAAAAUGUUUAGCAAAUCAGCAUCUGUUGGAGAAUAAAUAUGAUCAACAGCUGAAUGUUUUAAUGAUUUCCAACGCUUUCAUGCAAGGCAAGCCAGUAAAAGAUAAUCAUGGUUCAGUUAUUGCCGGUUAUUCACUGGCUGUAGCGGUCAAUUAUUUUCCAAUUUGA